UAUAACAAGGGCAGUGAGUUUUAAGGAAAUUACAUGGUAUUUGUCGUUGACUUCUAAUUAGAGCAAUAUCUGUCUUAGUGAAUAUUGAACUGUGGUCUAUAAGAACAAAUCAUUUUUCAUACACAGCUCUUGGGGUCACAGUCCCAGAGAGAGGCAUCCCCUGAGAUAGCCAGGUUCCAGCCUAUUAAAGGCCUAGAAGAUCUGAAAGGUGGUGAUUUCUCCAGCAAAAGAAAGGAGAAGGGACAAGUCUUCAGUUUGGUCUUCAGAUUUGGGAACAAAUUCAGCUCUGUUGUAAGCAAUAAAUGGGAGUUGUGCCUGUAUCUAUUUGGCUCUGUCUCUACUGCAACAAGAAGCAGCAUGGAGAAGUAAGUCAUCUAAAAAUAAUUAAACAGCCUCCAGCCUCACAAGGAAGUUGGCAUGGAUUGCUGUUGGUUUUAUUGGCCCAUCCUCUGACUGAUCAGACUUGGAACUCUUCAGUCCCUCUGGUAUUCUCCAGAUCAUAAUGGCCAGUUGAGUUAGACUCCAGCUAUGGCAAAUUUUGACAUGAAAACCAAUGUGGUGGAAGAGGGAAAGAUUUCAUUUGGUGACAGAUGCCGAAGGAGGAGAAAACCUGAAAGAUAAUGGCUUUGAAGCUGUGCUGCUUUAUGUGAUGAAGACCUAAGUAGUAAUUAAAUUCCUGAAGAACUGCCAAGUCUCCUAUUGGCUGAAAUGGGGAUGUUCCAGGCUCUGGUCAUUGAGUUGCGAAAAAAAGAAUGUUUAAAGAUGACACAGUUAAAGCAGUGGAGACUUCUGUAAGACAUGGAUAGAUGCAAACAUGUUGGGCGGCUACGACUCGCCCAGGACCAUUCUAUCCUGAAUCCCCAGAAGUGGCACUGUAAGGAUUGCAACACCACAGAAUCUAUAUGGGCUUGUCUGAAAUGCUCCCACGUGGCCUGUGGAAGGUACAUUGAGGAACAUGCACUUAAACACUUUGAAGAGACCAAGCAUCCCUUGGCUAUGGAAGUUAAUGAUCUGUAUGUGUUUUGUUACCUUUGUGAAGACUAUGUUUUGAAUGAUAAUCCUGAGGGAGAUUUGAAAUUGUUAAGAAGCUCUCUGUCUGCUAUUAGAAGUCAGAAGCAUGAUCCAUCAGCAAGAAGUGGGAGGACAUUGCGAUCAAUGGCUUUGGGGGAGGAUGUGUAUAGCCAUCAAAGGACCCCUCAGGGACAGCCUCAGAUGCUCACUGCUCUCUGGCACAGGCGCCAAUCUUUGCUAGCAAAAACACUGCGGACCUGGUUUGAUAAGAGUUCUAGAGGCCGGCUAAAACUAGAACAAAAGAAACAAAUGGAGGAACUGGAGAGAAAGAAGGAAGCAGCCAGGCAGAGGCGGCAAGAGAUGAAACGGCGACUUUUGGAGGAACUGGCAAACACUCCUCCUAGAAAGAGUGCGAGACUUCUGUCUCACGUUCACAGAGAGAAUUUGAUUCCAAGGAAGUUUAGAGAGAUGGCAGCAAGUUCCCCUACCUCAAGGCGAGUGCAGAGCAGCAGAUUCAGGCAGUUUUAUUCCAUCCGGCGUAAGCCCCUAAUGACUCCUGGUGUGACUGGCUUAAGGAAUCUGGGAAACACAUGCUACAUGAACUCAAUCCUUCAAGUGCUAAGUCACCUCCAAAAGUUCAGAGAAUGUUUUUUGACACUUGACCUCUGUGAAACUGAAGAACUCUUAGCCAAAACCGUGAAUGGAAAGUCUAGAAUGUCUGGCAAGUUGGCAAAUGGAUCUGCUGCUAACGAGUCAGGGAGGAAUGAUAAAAUGGGGUCAUAUGGCAGGCAAAGCUUGCCAGUUGGCUUAAACGGUGGCUCCUCAAUAAGCAGGAGUUUAGAACUAAUACAGCCCAAGGAACCGAGUUCAAAGCACAUUUCUCUCUGUCAUGAACUGCACACCCUUUUCAGAGUCAUGUGGUCUGGGAAGUGGGCAUUAGUGUCUCCAUUUGCCAUGCUGCACUCCGUGUGGAGUUUGAUUCCAGCAUUUCGAGGUUACGAUCAGCAGGACGCUCAGGAAUUUCUCUGUGAGCUGUUGGACAAAGUGCAGCAGGAGCUGGAGUCAGAAGGAACGAAGCGCAGGAUUCUCAUCCCUUUCUCACAGAGGAAGCUCACCAAGCAGGUCCUGAAGGUGGUGAACACCAUUUUUCAUGGGCAGCUGCUCAGUCAGGUCACCUGCAUAACAUGCAACUACAAAUCCAACACCAUUGAGCCCUUCUGGGAUCUUUCCCUGGAAUUCCCUGAGCGCUAUCACUCUAUUGAGAAAGGGAUUGUCCCCGUUAACCAGACAGAGUGCAUGCUGACAGAAAUGUUGGCCAAGUUCACAGAAACAGAAGCUCUGGAAGGGAGGAUAUAUGCGUGUGACCAAUGCAACAGCAAACGACGGAAGUCUUCUCCUAAACCUCUUGUUCUGAGUGAAGCUAAAAAGCAGUUAAUGAUCUACAGACUACCUCAGGUCCUCCGGCUGCACCUUAAACGAUUCAGGUGGUCUGGACGUAAUCACCGUGAGAAGAUUGGGGUCCAUGUCCUCUUUGACCAGGUAUUAAACAUGGAACCUUACUGCUGCAGGGACUCUCUCUCCUCUCUUGACAAAGAGACCUUUGUCUAUGACCUCUCCGCUGUGGUGAUGCAUCAUGGUAAAGGGUUUGGCUCAGGACACUACACAGCAUAUUGCUACAACACAGAGGGAGGUUUUUGGGUCCACUGCAAUGAUUCCAAACUGAAUGUAUGUAGUGUGGAGGAGGUGUGCAAAACCCAGGCCUACAUUCUUUUUUACACUCAAAGAACAGUGCAGGGCAAAGCAGGAAUCUCAGAAACACAACUCCAAGCUCAGGUGCCGUCCAGAAACAGCGAUAAGGACAGAAGACUGACAUUCCCAUGAUGGGAAGCAUUAAUAACUCAACUGACUCUCUCAGUUUUUUAAACCAUUGGUGUUCACACAUCAUUCCUCUUUGUAGGAAUAAAGGCUUACUGCAGGAACAGAUCAAAUCACCAUGUUUGCCACCCCAGGGUCCAGAAAAAUGUGCAUCAGGCUGUGCAAUUCCAUCAUAUAAAAUUGUAGUCAGAAUCUUUUUUUUUUUAUUAAAUUGGUAAAACUCACUUUCCUCAAAACAGCCAUCGAUGCCUAGUAUCAUUCAUCUUAUUUCAAACAGAAAUUAAAUUAAGCACGUAAAAGUAAGUACAACCCAGUUGUUCAACCAGAAUACAAACCUAUCAAACAACUGACUCCCAAAUUCGCUAGUAAUUAAUACUGAUUACAAAAAAAAAAUCUCCAGAAAGAAGAGGUACAGUAGAAUCUCAUUUAAGCUUCAUUCCCUUGUUGUCAAUUACAUUCUCUGGUGUGAAUCACUUACCCAAUCCCUUCCCACCUGUGUUUAUCCGAAUGACUUCAGUUUCCCCAGAAUAUCUUGAAGAGGUGGAGUUGUACUUUUCCAAAAGGCAUUCUUGCCGGAGAGCCUUCUAAGGCCCUUUGCCCUAGGCCUUACAUUGUCUGUAAGUGUUGAAAACAUUUUGAAAACAGAUUAGUGCAGGUUGGACAACGCCAGUAGAGGAAGGGACUAGCAACGGAUCAUAUUCUUAGUAUUGACAGGGCCUAAAUAUAGCAUUGGUACACACAUGGCAGCAUUUUUCUUUAACUGGACUGAAUGGACUUGGAAAUUUAGUGUUCACUUCUGAUAUGGAAUGUGAUCAAUGUGGUUCUGCUCUGGAGAGAGAUCAUGUAAAAGUGGAACCUUCUGACUGAUCAGAUCUGCCCCCUGUACAUGUUCAGAAUCCUGUCUGCAGACACUAGCAGCAAAAAUAAGUAUGAGUUGUUUUUUACUCCUGUUAGCAGUAAAGUGCCAACACAGCUAUAGGGGAGUGGGCUGGAUUUUGUUUCUUUUUGUGCAUAAACAGAAUUGCUUACUAAAUUCCAAUCUGUUACACUUAUGCAAGUUUGAAGACAAUGAGGUUGCAUAGACAUUAUGGAGGGUAGAAUUUGGCCAGCCACAUCUUUAUUUCAAGUGAUAGCUUGGCUCUCAAAUCCCAGUUUGAGCUUGCAGAACUGCAGACUUGUAAAAACAUCUUUAUACUUGCAAUCUGAGCUUGAUCUAGAAAUCACUGAAACACAGCAACCAUAGGACCUCACGGUACCAUUUUUAGUCCCUUUUCUCAGUAGAACCACACUUCAAACAUUUAUUUAGUUUGAGGAUUGUGCUGUCCAUGUUAAAUUUUAGAGAUCAGACCUGAGAGUUUGCAAGAGGUUCUCUUGUUCCCUGUGCAGUCAGUCUUGUUUGGUGGAGAUAGCUAAGGUGGAAACAAUUUAAAAAUCCAGUGUUCCAGUGGGACAUUUUAAACCUCAGAAAUUUAAACUUAGAAUCCAGGUAAAAAGUCCUGAAAUCAUUGGUUUUCCUUCUUUCCCUAUUUCCUUUUAUUCUUCUCAGCAUUUGCCCAUCAUACAUAAACUAAUUGGCAGAGCCAGCCCAUCCUAUUGUUCUAGAGGGUGGGAUACAUUUCCUGAAGUAAUACCCUCUUGCCAUUGCCACUGUCGUGACAAUUAACCUCCUGUGUUAAGGGCAAAACAGACUCUCUUCUCUGUAUGUGUAGUUAAUCACUCCAACUAUCCGGGAGGGAGGGAGGGAGGGA